AUGAGUACUCUCACCCUCCCCGCCCCCUUCUCCACCAUCCCGCGUGAAACCUUCACAUUCGGGCCCUCGCCCAUCCAAUCUCUACCCAACAUAACCAAAGCACUCGGCGGCAAAGUCACCAUCUACGCAAAGCGCGAAGACGUAAACUCAGGCCUAGCCUACGGCGGCAACAAGACCCGGAAACUGGAGUACCUUGCCUCCGACGCGCUCGCACAAGGAUGCGACACGCUCGUCUCCAUUGGCGGAUUCCAGUCGAACCACACGCGCCAAGUCGCGGCCGUGGCGCGCAAGAUGGGCAUGGAGGUUGCGCUUGUGCAGGAGAAGUGGGUAGACUGGGAGGAUGUGGUGUAUGACAAGGCGGGGAAUAUCCAGCUGUCGAGGCUUAUGGGUGCGGAUACGCGUCUUGAUCCAUCGCCGUUUGGGAUCGAGCAUAAGGAUACCUUGAAGGGUCUGGAGAAGGAGAUUCGAGAUAAAGGGGGGAAGCCGUACUAUAUCCCUGCUGGAGCAUCGGAUCACCCGCUGGGAGGGCUUGGUUUCGCGCGAUGGGCGUUUGAGGUGGAGGCGCAGGAAAGAGAGAUGGGGGUGUUUUUUGAUACGGUUAUUGUGUGUGCCGUGACGGGGAGUACGAUGGCGGGGAUGAUCGCGGGGUUUAAAUUUGCGCAGAAGGCGAAUGGAUCGAAGAAGAGGAAGGUGAUUGGGAUUGAUGCGUCGGCGACGGUGAAGCAGACGUUUGAUCAGAUCCUGCGAAUUGCAAAGUUCACAGGGGUGAAGAUUGGCUUGGAGGAAGGGGAUAUCACAGAGGAAGAUGUGAUCCUGGAUGAUCGGUAUCAUGGGGGCGUGUAUGGAGUUCCGGACCAGACGACGGUUGACGCGAUCAAGUUUGGAGCGGAGACGGAAGCGUUCAUUACGGAUCCAGUUUAUGAGGGAAAAAGUCUUGCUGGGAUGAUGGACUUGGUGAAAAGGGGCGAGAUACCGGCUGGUUCGAAUGUGCUUUAUGCCCAUCUCGGCGGGCAAUUGGCUUUGAAUGCUUACACCGGGAUGUAA